UUGACAUAACUCGGAUGUGUGCUUUAAGUUCCGCCUGAAAUUGUAUUUCAAAAUUGAUGUUUCGGAGCCCUCUCAAAAAAUUAUUUCUCACUUCACAAUAUGCGGCACUUACAAAUUGCUAAAUAUUUACAACCACGGUAUGCAAUAAGCACUGUUCUGUCGCCCCGUUUCAUGUCUAAGGCUGGCAAUGCCAAAUCUUCUGGGUCUGGAUCUGGGGAUAAGGACGCAGACGCAAAAUGUAAGGAGGGCAAGGAUGCACAGCCUUCUGAUACAGCCGCCAAACCAGCUGAGGCAGCGAAGAAACCUACAGAGGCAGUAAAAAAAGAAACAGCGCCAAAAGAGGCUAAGGAGUCCAAAACCACGCAGCCAAAGGACGAAACAGUGAUAAGCGGCGGGACCAAAUGCCAGCCAAAAAUCAAUCCUGCUGCUGAAAUUAGUAAAAGUAAAAAGAAACCAAGAACCUGCGAAGAAAUAUUGCUGGGUAAAGGUAAUCAGAAGAAGAGGAAGCCCGCUCUGACGGCCAUUCAAGGAGGAGACUUGGGCUGCCCCGGCAGAAUUGAAAAAAGACCACCCAUUGUUGCUAAGCACGCCAAGCGAUGGCAGAAGAUCUCGCUAUUCGGAGUCCUGCCUUUGAUAGCCGUCCUUAGUCUUUUGGUGUUCAGCACCCGGAUGGAGGGCGAUCGCCUGGAGUUCAAGAACUAUACCCACAUGUACAAGCGAUCGAAGCCCUUCUGGUUUCGCGAUGGAAAUCGCACAGCCUUUCACAACAGCCACCUGAACGCCUUGCCCCCAGCAGGGUACGAGGACGAGGUCGACGAAAGCGCCAUUGGCCAGGACCCAGAGUCCGAGCCGGAUAAAAAGGCCCGGCUAAAAGAAUUCGACAAGGUGGUCAAGAACUGGCGCAAGCAUUCAGCCAAAAGAGACGCCCAGCUCAAGAAGGAGGCUGCCGCUGCAGAAAAGGAGGCUAGAAGACAGGAAGCGCAAUAAAACAUACUGGUUAAGGUCCUUUUGAGAUCACCAAACAACUACGAAAACAACAAAUUAUUGUCCACCUCUAAAUAAACUACCUGUCUUUCUAUA